CAGCGUCUGUGUUUGUGCGUGUGUAUGUAUGUAUGAGUGCGUGCGUGCGUGCUAGUGUGCGUGUUCUCGCGCUUGUGUGUUUCUGGUUGCAAGUGAGCGUGUUCUUGUGACAUUGAUGAUAUCCGGUCCGGGUGGAGAUUACUGGUAACCUUUUUCUGUCCCGCUGGCAGGCCUACCACGUGACCGCUCGGGUCCUGAUGCUGCUGUCACCAGGGGUUAUUUGCAAGAAGCUCAUUGGGGCCACGUGCAAGUCGCGUAAACGGGCGCGUAGCCGCUGUGGUUGAACCCCCCCACCCUCCCCAUUUCUCUGCCAGUGAAAAGCCCCGCUUCGCUAGGGCAGGCCGAGGUAGCAGCUCGCAGCUCGGCUGUGAAACACGGAAACUCGUGCGGCAGAUUAAAACGAUGUAGGCUCCAGCGAGGACGGAGGAGAGGAGGACACACACAACCCGAGCGGGACGUUGAGAUUAUCGAAUUGUGGCGUUGCGUAGUUUUAGGGAUUUCUUUUAAAUGGGAAAUCUGAUGGGCAGUUGGCGUUACAAGGAGCCGAGCACAGUGGAGGAAUGCGACUCGACGUGGGGGUCGGACUCGGAGAGCGACGACCCGCCGGUGGAGGCUGCAGAAGGAAGCGGCAUCUCCGGGUCUGUCGGUCCGGCCGAGAUGGGUCGAUGCUCGGUCGACCCCGGCGACAUGUCCCUGCAGCUGUCAGAAUCUCCACAGUCCGCCCCGAAAAUGAAGAGGAGCUUCUACGCUGCCAGAGAUCUAUACAAGUACCGACACAGCUACCCGAACUACAAAGAGUCCAGGCAGCCGAGUGAAUUCCGCAACCUGCGCUUUUACCUGAACAAGAUCCCUCUGAUUCCAGAUGGCAUCUACAUAGAGGAGAUUCUCACAAAGUGGAGAGGAGACUACGAUAAACUGGAGCACAACCACAAUUACAUCCAGUGGCUUUUCCCGUUAAGGGAACAAGGGCUUAACUUCUACGCACAAGAACUGACUCAGGACGAGAUCAAAGAAUUCCAAACUACUCGAGAAGCCAAGCGGCGUUUCUUAGCGGCCUACGCGCUGAUGCUGGAAUUCUACGGCGUGCGGUUACUGGAUAAGAGCGGCAGCGUUGCCCGCGGUCCCAACUGGCAGGACCGUUUCCAGCACCUCAACGAGUCGCAGCACAACUAUCUCCGCAUCACGCGCAUCCUCAAGUCCCUGGGCGAGCUGGGCUACGAGGCCCUCAAGGGCCCGCUGGUGCGGCUGAUGCUGGAGGAGUCGCUGCUCCACGCCACCCUGCCCAACAUGCGGCACAGCGCGCUGGAAUACUACGUCUACACCCUCCGCCGGCCGGCCACGCGCCGACGGCUCCUCCGCUUCGCCCGGCAGCACUACCGGCCCGCCCACGCCUUCCUGUGGGGGCCGCAGCCCAAGAGGCGUGGGGGGGCCGCGGGGGGCGGAGGGGGAGGGGGUGGAGACGACGACGACGGCGAUGAUGACGGAGGCGCCGGGAGCAGCGGGAUUCGGGCGCCCGCCCCGACGCCGGAGCACCGCAGAGGGGCCGGGGACGCGGGCCCCGACUGUGUGCCGCCGUUUUCCCGCCCUCCCAGCCUGCUGGCCGGCCUCGAGGGCGUGGGGGAGGAGGGGAGGGGCGGGGACCACGGUGGUGGUGGUGGUGGAGGUGGUGGUGGUGGUGGUCCGGCUGGAAUGGAGUCCGGGCGUCGGUGUGUUGAAACGAGGGGCUGGGGGGAGGGGGCUGAGGCGUGACACUCUCCCCACCCCCCCUGCCACUAGUCUUGUUUCCGCAUUGAAAGGUGUGUGUGUGUGUUUGUGUGUUGGUAGUGGGAGUGAAGAGAGAGAUAUGGAGAGAGAUAGAGAUAUUAUGAGAGGGAUAGAGAGAGAAAGGAGUGAGAGAGAUAGAAAGAGAGAGAGAGAAAGAGUUAGAGAAUGAUCAUCUGAGCCAAACAACAAUUAUCUUUGCCCCAGUAAAUGUCCUCUUCCCCCGCAAAUACCUUCUAGUGGUGCUCUUGAUCUUGAUAGAUCCAGAAGUAUAGUCUCUCUGGGAGAGAGAAUACCAUCCCACUUGGGACGGGGAGACAAAUUGCCUUCUUUUUUCGUCCUUUAUAUUUAUUUAGGGGCGGAGGCGGAGGUAUCAUUCAGGUCCAGAUCGGAGGCAGAACCUCUGAAAUGAAUGCCAAGACACUUGUUGGUGGUUCACUGCACCGGGGAAACCACAAGCUGUUUUAGAGAAAUGCGGUGGGUGGGGGAGUAGGAAGGCUAAACAAUAUCCUUAAAUGCAGGCACUAACAUUUGUUUAAUUAUGUGAAGGAUGCAAUAGACAAUAGACGCCUCGUUUAUCUUAUUUUCAACUUUUCGGUUUGGUUUAUCAAAGCAAUAUCUGUGAAAGAUAGUGAAUACCGUUUGACUUAAAGUCUGUAUGUUGUGUAGCGAGGCCUAGAUGCUGGUAGCAGACACAAUCCCCUGGUGAUCUCCACGGUAUCCUCUCAGCGCUGCUGUGUUUUUCAGCUGUAGGGUCAAGAGGAGCUUGGUACUUGCUCAGCGGUGCGUGUGGUAUCAGGUGAACGCGGUCCUUUCAUGUGAACUGCACACCAAGCAGUUUGCUCAGUGUGCAUGGUACUGUAUUAACUGUGUCGCACCUUUUGACAAUCUCUUUGUCUUCCUGCUCAAAGUGCUGUGUCCGAUCUUUCUCCUAUUUUUGCAGGCCUUCGUACCUAGGAUUCAGACUCUCCCGCAUAGAGAUAUCGCUGGUUUCAUAGGCAAUGUGUGGAAAAUAUUAUCUUUAUGUUUUUCAAAAUGUUUAUUAAUUAUUUUCUUUGUCAGAGCACAAAUUUGUCCUUAAAAAAGUGAAGAUCAAGGUAAUUUGAAAGGGAAAAGUAAUAUCAGUGAUGUAAUUAAUGUCUUAACCCUUUGUGGCCAAUAUCCUAACAUGUGAUGCCAUUCUCAACAGUGCCACAAAUUUAAAUAAGGUCUAUCUUUCUGGGACCUGUAAGCA